CGAUCGCUGGGGUUACUCAGUCUGUCAGCGGGAAGUGAAUGGCACUGGCUGCAGUGGCUCUGGGACGCUGUCUACGCUCCUUGCAAGAUCCGCGAGUCCGGCUGCUGCUAGGACCCCGAAGCCCUGGCUGCAGCCGGGAGAGGUGACUCUGGAGCAGUAACAUUCCGGCUGCUCCCCAGGAGGAAGGAGCCUCUCUCGGUGCAGAGAGCCCAGUCAGCUCAGGAAAGGAAACCCUGAGUCACUCUGCCGGGAGCCAUGGCUGCAGCGGUGAAUCCUUUGAAAAGCCUCCGAGAUGAAGCUACUUGCUCCAUCUGUCUGAGUUUCUUUAAUGAUCCAGUGUCUUUAGAUUUCAGGCACAAUUUCUGCCGAGCCUGCAUCAGCCAGUGCUGGGAGGAAUCGGAUGCAGACAUCUCCUGCCCUCUAUGCAGAGAGACCUUUCCCCAGAGGACCCUAAGGCCAAACAGGCCACUGGCGAACGUCGUAGAAAUAGCCAAGCAGCUGAGUUUCCAGGCAGCAGCAGGAGAAGAUUUGUGCAAGGUGCACCAGGAGCCUUUCAAACUCUUCUGUAGCCAGGACCAAAUUCUCCUCUGUGUGAUCUGCAGAGAGUCCCAGGGUCACCGCGCUCACACUGUGGUCCCCAUAGAGGAGGCUGCCCAGUCAUACAAGGGGCAAAUUCAAACCCGACUGAACACUCUGAAGAAAGAGAAAGAAGAACUUUUGGAGUGGAGAAAGGAUGGAGAGAAGCAAAGCCAGGAAUAUCUGGGAAAGAUAGAAGCUGAGAGGCAGAAGAUUGUGUCUGAAUUUGAGCAACUGCGACUCUUUCUGGAGGCACAAGAGUGACUUCUGCUGGCCUGGCUGGAAGAGCUUGACAAGGAGACUGUGAAGAUGCAGGAUGAAAAUGUCACCAAACUGUCUGAGGAGAUUUCUCCUCUGAGUGACUUGAUCAGUGAGAUAGAAAAGAAAUGUCAGCAGCCAACAAGUGAAUUCCUGCAGGAUAUCAAAAGCACCUGGAGCAGGUGUGAGAAGACGUAUCAGAAACCAGUGGCUGUGCCAAAGGACCUGGCAAAGAGACUCAGCGUCUCUUCCCAACAAAAUGUUUGUUUACAGGAGUCUCUGAAGAAAUUCAAAGAGUCCCUGCCCUAUCAUCUGAGCUUUCUGAUAUCAAAGGCAGAGAAAGAAGGUAAGUUUUCAUGA